AUGAAGGAAAGUUUGCGAGAAUUUCCAGCAACAACUUGGAAUGACGUGUACAACAAAUACAACACAAAGCAUCGGAUAGAAGAAGACAGGGUUGCACAACCAAUGUUUGAUGAAAGAGCAGGGCCAAGACAUUCAGAAUCAGGAAAAAGGACCGGAAAAAACAAGUACGAGCAUUAUAUGGGUCCUGCAGGAGGUGACAACUCCAGCACACAUGUUAGAGUCGGAGAUUACAGUUUUAAUGUCAGUAUCUCCGAGUUGGUAGCCGUUUUAAAAGGUAUGGGAGAUAAGGUACGGUGGCCUAAAGAAAUGAGAUCAGACCCAAGGAAAAGAAAUCCAGAUCAUUGGUUUGAAUUUCACAAUGAUCAUGGCCAUAGAAUAGCAGAUUACUGGUUACUACAAGGAGAGGUCGAGAAUUUAUUGAAGCAAGGCUAUCUAACUGACCUGUUCAGCGAGAAAGGUAGACAAUCAUAUAUGAAGAACAAACAAGAACCCCCAAAACCCAUAUCUCCAGAAACAACUGUUAACGUAAUAACCGGGGGAGAUGAGGUCAAUGGUGUGACUUAUACAGCUACAAAAAAGACGUCAAAAGUCACAGUCACUCAUGGGAAGCGAAUACGCCAAGCCUUGGAAGGAGAGAGUAUAACAUUUGAUGACGAGGAUGUGGACGACUUGAUGAUUCCUCACAAUGACGCACUUGAAUUAGUCAGACAAUUUCAAUCAUGGAAGGUUGUCCAAAUACCCAGGGAGGAGAAUGCUGAGGCAGAUGCAUUGGCCAAUCUCACGUCUGUUACGGAGAUGACAAAUCCAGAAAAUGCUAUUAUGACACCACUUCUAGAAGAAAUUGGAGGGCUUGCGGGAUUGACUUGGGACAACCCCGAGUUAUCGGUGCCUGAGAACCGUACUGGUAAAGGGUUUUUAAAGAUGUUGGGGCUGGAGAAAAAUACUGACCUUGAUGGCCGGCCCACAGAGUAUCUUGACAUUCCGCCAGAAGAGUCCUACACAGAUCUCCUACUUUAG